CCUCUUUUGUCUGUCCAGUAACUGUUGUGAUCUUAUAAUGAUAUCACCUCUUGUUUCCGAUAUUUAGCAUUUUUAAGCAAAUAUGGAGUAUAGUGAGAAAUCAUUGGGCUAUUAAUAGUUUGUAACCAUCUUUGAGUCACUUGUAUUGCUCAUAAGAAAAGUUUCUCCACAAUGCUGGAAAAUUCUCUUGUGGAGACUUUAAGAAUGGCCCCUCAAUUUCUGGGGAGAAUAAAGGGGAAUUUCUCAUGGAUGAUAGGGUUAGUUUUAUUGAGCUGAAGAAUGGGGGCGGGGGGGCAGGCUAGAAGGCAUAGCUGCACCAGCUAUUCAAAGUUUAGAUGAGCAUUGCCAAAUCUUUUUUCUUGAGGUGCAUGUGUUUCCCCCAAAAAAGGAGGAGAAAAAAUUGUUUCAAUUGUUUUAUCAUUAGUAAAGGCCCCACCUUAAAGCAACCUACCUUAUAGCUGAGGAGAGGUGGGUGACAUUCCCUUUACAAUCUAUCAGAUGCUUCAGUAUCAACUGGAAGGAUCGCUGUAGAGUGGUGUAGUGCACAACUGCCUUAUGCAUAUGUAUGCCCAAAGGAAGCAAGAAUUGGAGCAUGGCAUCUUAAAGUUAGUGAAGAGCACAAACCCCAAAGCAACAGGCCAGUCCUAGUUUAGUUGUCUUAAGUUAGCAUGCAAGUCACCCAUCUUCUUAUCUGAAACAGCAACUCUAAAUACUGAAUUUCUGAAAAUUGAAGAUUUGACAUGCAUUUUUAAAUUUCUGCAGUGCAAACCAAUAUGGAGAAACCUCUGUUUAGGGAGGGGAGAAGAGGAUAAAGAAAUCAAUCUUAUGUUGCUUUGAGCAAAAUGAAUAAGUGUUAGAGAAGUGAAUGAUCCCCUCCGGAGUAGACUGAUAUAAUACACUGCAAAUCCAAAAUGAGAAGGUUUGGAUUUCUUCAUUAGACAAAAGCAGCAAAGAGUCCUGUAGCACCUUAUAGACUAAAAGACGUAUUGAAGCAUGAGCUUUCAUGGGAUUGUCUGGUCCCCCUGGUGCUGGGAAAUCAACAUUUAUCGAAUGCUUUGGGAAAAUGCUUACAGAGAGGGGACACAAAGUGUCUGUGCUGGCUGUGGAUCCGUCCUCUAGCACAAGUGGUGGCUCACUCUUGGGUGAUAAAACACGGAUGACUGAGUUGUCAAGGGACAUGAAUGCUUACAUCAGGCCAUCUCCAACCAGGGGAACGUUAGGAGGUGUGACCAGGACCACAAAUGAAGCUAUUCUGCUAUGUGAGGGAGGAGGCUAUGACAUCAUUCUUGUGGAAACAGUAGGUGUGGGGCAAUCAGAGUUUGCAGUUGCUGAUAUGGUUGAUAUGUUUGUUUUGCUGCUACCCCCAGCAGGAGGAGAUGAGUUACAGGGUAUUAAACGGGGUAUAAUUGAGAUGGCAGACCUAGUUGCUAUAACUAAAGCUGAUGGAGAUUUAGUUGUGCCUGCACGGCGGAUACAAGCAGAAUAUGUUAGUGCUAUGAAACUACUUCGCAAGCGCUCUAAGGUUUGGAGACCAAAGGUAAUGCGCAUGUCUGCUAAAACAGGAGAAGGCAUUUCAGAUAUGUGGGAUAAGAUGACAGAAUUUCAUGAUCUCAUGCUUACAAGCGGUGAGUUGAUCACCAAACGACAGAAACAGCAGAAAGUGUGGAUGUGGAAUCUAAUCCAAGAAAAUAUGCUGGACCAUUUUCGGAGUCAUUUAGCAGUGAGGGAUAAGAUUCCACUUUUAGAAGAAAAGGUUCUCAGUGGUGUCUUGGCUCCAGGGCUGGCAGCAGACCUAUUACUGAAAGCAUUCAAAGACAGACCUUAAGAUACUAUGUUCUACUGUGUCAUUGAUCAAUUUGCACAAAUUAUUUAAACAUUAAAUAAAAUUUUCCAAAGCA